AGCUAUAAUAAAAAUGUAGAUUUACUAUAUUAACGUUAUUAGUAAUAUAUAAUAUUUAGCAAUAUCAUUUUUCACCAUAGUACCCUUUUGAUGGUUGAUAUCUAAUGCUCUGCAAUGUUUUCUUAUGUAAAUAUCUAGUCAUACGUGAUUCUAUCUAUUUAUAACGAAUAGUAAAUAGCAAACAGCUUUCUUUGCUGAAACACAUCCAUCACAACAAAAGAUGCGCUUGAAAAGUUGUUAAUUAGCUCCGUUAAUUAAAAUCAUCAAAACCAAUUUCGUUAAAUACGCAUUUGUAGUAUUGGAUUAAUUAUAAAGCCAAAUGAGAUUCGUCCGCGAUGAUUAUUGCAUUACGGCGCAGAGAAGCUCCGGAUCAUUAAUAAUUUAAUGUGUUAGCUGUGGUAAAGGAAGAAGGAUACGAAGUGCAUCGUCAUCGUCAGAUUUCGAGCGUAUACGCAAGGUAUACGAUCUAACAAGCGUAAAUGCUAUAGUCAGCGACGAAGCGCGACAAGCCAAAAGUUGACCGCGACGUCAGUCGAAGCAAGCGAACGUUGCAGAAGGCAGACAGCCAGCGCGGCACAGCAGGAGGCUUCAUUAUCCAAAUGUGUAUUGAGCCGCGGUUCGCUGAAAAACUGCGAAUAGGAGCGCGAGGGCGAACCGAGCGAAGAGUUUGGCAAGCGACGUUGACGACAGCCGUGACCGAGGUGGCGACGGUCAGGGUUUCGUCCGCGAAGCAUUGUGAGAAAAGGAGAGGGGGGGGGGGGGUGACGUCAGCCUGGCACGAGCUCUCGCGAAAGACAGCAGCGCAGAAAGCGAUAUAAAGCACACGACGUAAUAUAGAGGUGCGCGAGAGGCCUUCGCUGGCACACAAAUAACGUCGCGCGUACUCGGCGGCGGAGUCCGGCAUGCGGACUGUCCAGUGGGCAGACGAGCCUGUUGCCAGUUAUUGAUCCGGCACGAUUAAACAACACUGCAUUGCCGUGCCGCUGCUGCGAGCAAACACGGCUGGCUCGGAAUCGCUGGCGGCGCGUUAUGCGCGAGCGCGAGUACCUCCUCCUCCUCCUCCUCCGCGGAGAGUCGGUGUGGCGCGCACGCCGCUCGGCAGUGUCUGCUGCUCCUGGCUGGCGGUAGUCGACCACGUCGUCGCGCUGGACUAGCUUUGUCUCUCGCAGCUCUCUCGGUCGCUUAUCGUGCCACGUGUGUGUUCGAGGUGGUGGUGGUGGCUGCUGGCUGCUGGUAGUGGUGUAGCUGUGCGGAGGCUGCUGCUACUGCCGCUGGCGCGCACCGACGGCGGCCGCGGCGGGGACACUGCUCCGUCUCGCUCGGCUCGGCUCGGCUCGGGUCCAACUACACACGGGCUGCCGCUGCCGCUGCGACGAGCAGCCAGCAGCGUCGGGAAGGUCAGACACGCAGGCGCGCGAUAGUGCGGCCAAACAUGCCGAAGAAAUAAAGUUGAACUCGUCCUCGCACGAAACCGCGAGCCAUCGCCAAAGCUGCUGUUGCCGCUGUUGGCCCAUAUUCGCUGCCCGCUGUUGACAGACGGUUAGACACGCACACACCCACACACACAUGUGAGUUGUGAGUGCGUACGCUAGCGAACAGAGACACGAACCGAGAGAGAGAAAGAGAGAGAGAAAGAAAACGAACUUGCGGCGGUGAGUGUCAGCAGUAUCGCCAGGAGCCAGCACCAUGAAGAAGUUCACGUUCAAGGGGGUGCUCGACGGUUUCCGCUCGUCGGCCUCGCCUCAACAGGUUAACAGGCCCGAGCAGGAGAUCGUCGAAACUCUGCGCUCCGAUCACUUUCACGUGAAGAAGACGUUCAGGCAUGGCUUCCCAUAUCAGCCGAGUGCCAUGGCGUUCGACCCCGUGCAGAGGUUGCUGGCCAUCGGCACUAAAUCAGGAUCCCUCAGGAUUCUUGGCAGUCCCGGCGUGGACGUGCACGUAAAGUCCGAAGGCACCCACGCCGUGACGCAUCUGCAGUUCCUCGUGAACGAGGGCGCCCUCGUCUCGGCCACCGACGACGACAUCCUUCACCUAUGGAAUUUCCGACAGAAAAUACCGCAGGUCGUGCAGAGUCUCAAGUUUCAACGCGAGAGGAUAACGUGUAUGCACCUGCCGCUGCAGAGCAAAUGGCUGUACGUAGGCACCGAGCGGGGCAACAUCCACGUCCUUCACAUCGAGACCUUCCAGCUCUCGGGCUACGUUAUCAACUGGAACAAGGCCAUCGAAGUAACGAGACAAACCCAUCCUGGGGCAGUUGUUCACUUGAGCGAUAAUCCUUUGGACAUAAGUAAAAUGCUGAUAGGAUACGAUUCAGGUCAAAUCGUGUUCUGGGAUCUAAAGUUGAAACAAGCCGAAUUCAGGUGGCAGACGGACGAGCCGCUCAGAUCAAUAUCAUGGCACCACGAGGGCAAGCAAUUCAUGUGCAGCCAUACCGACGGCUCGCUAAGCACGUGGCUCGUUAGACAGGCUAAACCCGUGAACGUGACGCAUCCCCACGCAAAAAACACGAAGGACGGCGAGCCCGAGCCAUGCAAAGCCAUUCAGAAAGUCGAGUGGAAGCUUUCCCGAUCGGGGGAGGCGUACGUUGUAUUUUCCGGCGGGCUGGCUUUCGAGACGACUGGCCGGACGCCGAGCAUCACCGUCAUACAAGGCAAGACCACAACGGUCCUCGAAAUGGAGCACAAUGUCGUGGACUUUAUCGUGCUCUGUGAGAGUCCUUGGACUAGCGACUUUCAAGAUCCGUACGCAGUGGUGGUGUUGCUGCAAAAUGACUUGGUGGUAAUCGACUUGCUGACCGCGGGCUUUCCGUGCUUUGAGAACCCAUAUCCGAUGGAUUUGCACGAGUCGCCGGUGACGUGUUGCGCCUAUUUCGCCGACUGUCCUGGCGAUCUUGUUCCGGCAUUCUACUCCGUUGGAUCCAAGUCUCAGAAGAAAACUGGAUUUAGCGAGAAGGAGUGGCCACUUUCCGGCGGCGAGUGGAAUCCCAAUUCUAGUGGAUACAACGAGAUUAUCCUCACCGGUCACGCCGACGGCAGCAUAAAGUUUUGGGACGCCUCGGCCGGCACCCUGCAGGUAUUGUACAAGCUGAAGACAGCUAAGCUGUUCGAGAAGAACCGCACGCGCAGCCUCGACAACGAAGAGGAUCCACUCGCCAUACAACUGAUAUUCCUGUGCCCUGAGAGUCGCAAGCUCGCGAUCGCUGCGGCCGGCAGGCACGUUGUAUUCUUCAAGUUCAAGAAGGCCGAGGGCAUGUCCGAAGUUGUGCCGCUGGACGUGUUCCUGGUAGCGGACCCGAAUAAGGACAGCGAGCGCUCGCCCGACUUUGACUUCUCCAAUACGGGCGACGACGCCAAGGCCAACGCCGAGAAGAAUCAACCGCUCAGGGUCAGGCAGGGACUGCAGAAGCGAGCCCCGGGCUUCCAGGCCAGUCUCAUUUGCCUCACUCACGGGCCCAACGGCGAGGUCCCUGAGGCCAUCACUGCUCUCAGUCUCAAUUCCUCUUACGGACUCAUGGCCUACGGCAACGACUCAGGCCUGGUAGUGGUGGAUAUCGUGCAGAAGGUGACACUACUAGUAAUGUGCACGUCGGAGUUGGGAGGUAGUGCAGAUCCUCAACGGGCGUUGCGCAGUCCCAAGCGACAAGACGAUGCAAAACGCGACGCCGACGACAAAGCCAGGAGUCCCAGUGUCGAUCAGCAGCAAGCGGGAAACGAGGAGCGAGGAUGGAAGGGCUUCAGGCUCAAGCGACAGUCCAGCAAGGCCGAUCUCAAGAUUAAGAGCGCCGGCGGUAGUCUCGCCACCACGCCGACGCCUACCUCCCAAGAUUUGCAGCAGUCGCAGUCGCAGCAGCAUCAGCAGCAGCAUCAUGCGUCGAGCGAUAACCACCCAAGGACGUUGUCCCCAGUGCAAAGCGUAGACGUUGAGUCGCCGCAAUCCCCCGAGUGUCCCACAGUGUCGAGUUCGUCGUCUCAAGUGCCGAGGGUGCCGGAGCCCGGCACUCGAGCCUCGGAUUUCGCGUGCCAACAGCGCGACACCAGCAAUCUGACGGCCGCGGCGCCGCCCGCGAGGCCGAGUCGCAGCAAGGAGGAGCGGCCGACCAACCUGGCUCUCGACGCUGCGCCCCCGCCCCCGAAACCCCCACUCAGAUUCAAACUCGUGGUAAAGAGCCUGCAGGCGAUGCGCGCCGAAGGCAGACUCUCCGCGUCCAACUCCAAGUGCCAAAAGAACAGCAGCAGCGAGGACUCGAGCACGGGGGCCGCUCAGGCUGUCAACGCCUCCUCCAAGCAUCACCAGUCCAAGCACCAAGACGAUCAGGGGGGAGCCAAUUUUCUCAGAAGAUUCAGCCGUAUAGACAAACUCGACAGUUCGUUCCAACGAUCGCGCAGUUCGAGUAUGUCCUCGCUGGAAAACAUUGCCACUGAAACCGUCAGCUGCCUUACUUUUGCCGAUUCCUACACGAAAAAGAGCGAUUCCAAUGCCUUACCGACUUUAUGGAUUGGCACGUCUUCGGGUUCCGUACAGACUAUUGUUUUUAACACACCUGCCUCUGGCGACAGACACGCACAGCCUGUGAUUAUCUCUAGUUGUAAUGGCUCUACGUUUAAACUGAAAGGAUGUAUUUUAACGAUGUCCUUCUUGGACUGCAACGGGGCCCUGAUUCCUUACUCCUACGAAUCUUGGAAGGACGAGAACGCAGACGGGAAGGAUCGCAAUAAGAAUCAAGGGAAAUUUUCGAGUACACGGACCUCACCCUCGAUCAAUUCUCAAGGAUCCGCAACGGACGGUUACGAGGAUAGGCAAUUUGUUGUGCUGACAUCCGAGAAGCAGGCCAGAGUGGUUGCUCUUCCAUCGCACAACUGUGUCUACAAACAACAGAUAGGCGAUGGCGGCAACGUCGUUAAAGCUGAAAUAACGUCUAUGAAAGAUAGCGUCUGCUUGGUUUGCUAUGUCUCGAACGGUCACAUAUCUACCUUCAGUCUACCGAGUUUGAGGCCACUGAUCGACGUGGAUUUCGUACCAGUCGCCGAUUUGAGUUUUCAGACUACUAAACACGGAAUAGUAGACCCCAUGUUGUCCAUAUGGGGUCAUCAACUCUUUGUUAAUGGCGAUACUGAUCAAAUCUCCAGGACAUUCUCCUUCAGUAAUAGAGGCCACGGGCUCUACUUGUCGUCGCCAACUGAAAUUCAAAAAUUUACAGUUUCCAGCGAGUUUUGCGCCGAGUUGACGGAGAUGAUGGGAAAUCUGUUCAUCGGAUUGGACAUGCCCGAGCCCCCAAAGGAAGGAUUCUUCAAGGGUCUGUUCGGUGGUGGCACUCGCAGCGUCGAUCGCGAAGAACUCUUUGGCGAAGCGAGCGGCAAGCCCUCGCGCAGUGUGGCCAAUCGUAUACCUGGACCUAAUACUGAGGGACUCAGGGAGCGCGUCGGCACAGCAACCAGCGAGGUAGCGCAAGCUCAUCAAAUGGUGGUCGAACGUGGCGAAAAGUUAUCGCAGUUGGAGGAGCGCACGCAGCGCAUGAUGAACGAGUCGGAGAACUUUGCCUCGUCGGCCCACUCGCUCAUGCUCAAGUACAAGGACAGGAAGUGGUACCAGCUAUGAGAGCGUCCGUCGCGCCGCCGACAAGGCUGUUGAACACGCACCGACAUUGAAGAGGAGAAACCAACCAAACGACCAUCGUGAACUAUAGCAUUCUACAGAUCUGCAAGAACGGCAUCUGUGCUGCUGCUGGUUGUAUUCUCGUGCACCCGCGCGCGAAGUUCUGUUGCUGAGCGACGCCGAGAGAGGAUUAUAAACUAACGACGACGAGAGCCACACCAGACCCGACGUAUAGCAACAACAACAACAUGCGUCUAUUAUUCGACAGCUCGCGCGGCUUUCGGUCGACUACAGAUUGUACAUAUUUCACUCGACUUCUAUCAUAUCUCUCUCUCUCUCUCUCUCUCUCUCUCUCUCUCUCUCUCCCUCUCUCUCUCUCUCUCUCUCUCUCUCUCUCUCUCUAUCUCUUCCUGUCUAUCCCUCUAACCUUAGUUUCCUUUCUUAAUAUCACCAAUCAAACCGCUGGACGUUUAGGAGCUCUCUCUCUCUCGCUCUCUCUUCCUCGACCUCUAUGCAUAUUCAACUAACAUUCUAUAGCCCAACUUGCGACUACGUGAUAAAUUAGCUUAAGUUUUUGAAUCCUUUACGCACAUGACCUUCUUGAGACAAUGAUUUUAGAGAGGGAUUAAGAAAGAGAGAGAUGGGGAGAAAGGGUCUGCUGAAAGAGGUGGUUUCUUCAGUCUAUGGUGCUCAAUGUAUCGAAUAUACUCCCCCUCUCCCACCCUUUCAGAAAGUGAUAAUACUUGUCAACGUUUACGCACAUACAUUACGAUGCACUUCGUGAGCGUACGCGCGAGCGGUUAUGGCACUGAAAGUGCGAAUAUUCCACGCUCAAGCUAAAGCUUUUUUUCUAAAAGACGACACACAAACAUUAACAAUGGGAUAGACGACGAUGGUUAUUACUAAAUGAGUCGAGCUAAAGAAUUUUUAGAGGACACACAUGUACGCAUCAGCAGGCUGUAACUGUAAAUUAUACACAAAAUCUUUCGCAUGAACAUGUUCUCAUUAUCGAUUAGGAAAUCUAUAUACACGUACACAGAUACACAUUGACACGCGCGCACAUGCUAUACCCCGCUACGUACUAAUGUCGACGGCAGGAGUCCGGAGACAAUUAACUAUUAUUACAAAUAAUCUUAAGGACAUACAGGAUAUAUGCAUAUAAACUUAGAUAUGGAAAGAAAAAUUAUAUAUAUAUAUAUAUAUAUAUAUAUAUAUGCGUAUACAUAAUUUUAAAUAAUGAAUAAAACUUAAAUAAAUAACAUUUUGAGGGAUGCGUGCGUGUAUAAGAGUUUACUGAUUGCUGAAAACGAACAUGAUUAUAAGAACAGAUGAUUAUUAUUGUACGAGUCAAUACGAAACUGAAAGCACACAAUUUAUCCGUUGUUUUUUUGAUAAAUCACCAACUUAUAAAAAAAUUAAUAAGAAGAAAAACAAAGUAUGUAAACUGUACUUUGCUUUGUACGCGUCAAAUUUUUCGUUAAAAGAGGAAUGUCGAGAGAAGAUUUUUUGGGUACCGAGUAUCUUAAAACGUAAAAAAGUUGCUUUUUCCAUGCAAGUAAGGAAGAAACGCAAAACAGAAUAAUAAUUAUAAAACCUCGACCUCGCACAAUAGCCGAGUCGCAGACUUUAAAACGCUAUAUCACUUUAUAAAGAGGGAAAAGUAAAUAAUGAGCUAAGUAAAAGCAAAGCGUCACAAGAAAAAGGUGAGAUAAAUGUAGGCAGACAAUACAGUUUGAAAGUUAAAAUAUUAGCUUGGGUAAAAAGAAAUUCUUACUUUAAUGUGGUAAAAACGUAAAAAAAUAUUAUACACAAAGUAGUGGUACCUGCUUUCUUCUAAUUAUUAUUAUAUAAUUAUUAUUAAUAUUAAUUACUACUUAUACUUAAUUAUAAAUAUGCUUGCAAAGGCUAACCAAAAAAAGAGGAUAAAAAAAUGUCGAAAAAAUGGCCUCAGCAGUGACGCUACUCCGAAUGUAUUGACAAUAAUCAACUUAUGGCCAGCGUGCGCUUGUGGAAGAGCAUUAACAAAUGUCAUUGCUGCUUCGGUCAUAAAUUUCAAGACACGAUACGUUUGCGUUGUACAUUUCGUUCGCGGUUAUAAUGUGAACUUAAUGAAAAAAAAACGUAAUUAGCAGAAAAUGCGUAUUGGAACAUACCGUUUCACGAGAGCAACGUAACAAGUUACUGAAUAAAAUUUGAAAAAAAAAAAAUGAAUUCACAUAAUAUAAAAUCUAAAAAGUUGUAGUUACAGCUAGAAAUGUUAUGUAUAUAUCGAUUAAACAAACAUAGUAGAGCCGGAACAGUACGUUACGCAAAAAUUAUAAAAAGAACUAUUCAAUUGAAAAAAUAUGUUGUAAGUUGCGCUACUUCAGCGUCUGUUGUAAAUUCGAUUGAAUUCGCCGUGCGCAUUUCUAAUGUAAGAAUGACUAUGAUGUUUUUAGUCCUGGGCAUGCAUGUCACAUUAAAGACAAUAUAUACAUGUAUUGUUGUAGAACAAACCUUAAUGUUAAUUAGACAGUUUUAAACGUUAAUGGAUAUGACAAGAUUAUAGCCAAAUGAAGAAGAAUCAGUUUAAAUUUUCUUUUUCGAUAAAAAUAGUAAAAUAUAAUGUGAUCCAAUGAUCGUAGCUUUGAAAUGUUUGCUUGGAACGUUAAAAUUGUUCAUUUUCUAAAGUUUCGUUUUAACUUAAAUUAAAUAUAUAUUUCUAUUGGAACGAUAAAUAGGUUGAAUAUUUUUGAACUUUGUCACAGAAUUGCAAAAGUCUCAUUUUCGAUAUUUGAUUUAAAAGUUUGAUAAAAAAUUCAAUGCGGCAUAUAUUAUUGAGUAUAAUUUAAACAGUUUUUUCAAAACACUUUAAGCAACUAGUUUGUUGUAGACAUGAUGAUUUGUACACAAAUUUUCAUAUUUCUAUAGUCGGUUAUUUUACUAUUUUUGACAAUGUAUAUAUCAUAAGUAAACAACUGGUUGUGUAUUGUUCAAAAGCAAAGAUACUUAUUUUUUUAACUCUUUUGAACAUCAUUAUUUUCUGAAUGAUAUUUUUCAAAUCGAGGUAAUAGAAUACCUGUCGAGGGUAAUGUUACUUUUAGAAGAAGGUUGAUAUUUCAGUUCCUAAAAAAUCGAGAUUCCUAUUAAAAUGAUACAUAUGGUCACUGAAAACCAUAGAAAAGAAUUCAACCGAGUGUCCACGAGUGAAAAUCUAUUCUUAAAUUAAAAUUUUAAUCCAAAGCUCCAUAAUUAUGACUAAGUGAAAAUUAAUCGAUUGUUGAGAGAAAAGAAUAUGUCCCACUUUUUCAUGAAUGGGAUAUGCUUCUUUCAUUUAUUUUUGCAAGCUAAACGUUUUACAUUGUAUUAAUCAAAAAAUUUAGUGCCGUUGAUCGUAAUCAGUCUUGUUUCUCGCUACUUUUAUUUUGGAAAAAAAAGAAAAAUAAACUCAAUACAAAAAAAGAAGUUAGCUUAGAUAAAGCAUUAGCUUGUUGCAGGGAUGUUUACGGUCGCUGAAAGUCUGGCGCACGUCGGGUUCGAUUGGAUUUACGGCGAUCUUGAAACACCGUACUGCUUCCAUAGCAAUAACUGUAUAGUCGAUGUUAAUGAUCUAGACGUCACAAAAGAAAAUCCAAAUUCUCUAUGUACACUCCCAUCCCUUUUCCAAUGAUAAAUUAAUGAUAAUAUACAAACAAAAAAAAAACUUGAACUAUUAAGGAUUUUUAAACAGUUAAUUCAAUGUUAUGGUAUAAAUUUUCUUGAAUAAUAUUCUAUUCACUAAAACUUGUCCGUUUUAAUUGUACAAAGUGAAGAAAAACAUGAUAAGAAAGAAAACAAACAAACAACAUAUAGUGAAUUUUUCUGGUGUAAGUUUAAAAUAGUACAAAUUCGACGAGUUCAUCAUAUCUUUGCAUUUAGCGAAAGCGGAAAGAAACAAGUGUAAGAGCUAAGCGGACGUGAUAAUUAACUAGAUGUGAAUAUCAAGCAGUAGGAGUUGUCAAUGACGAUUGUACAGAGUUAAUAUCGAUAAAAACCGAAAGUGAACGAUCAAAUAAAGUACAGUUAACUAAUUCAAUAGUAAUUAAGUCGAAAGUUGAUAAACCUAUCGUACACAUAAUCACACUUGAAGUUAUAUAAGAGAGGGACCGUUGAUUGUGAACGAAGUAGUAGCAGCAUUCACACGAGGAAACAAACAAAAUAACAAGUAUAAUAAAAAAUAAAUGCGUAACGAUGAGAGCUGAAUGUAUUUUUUUAAAUAUGUUGGCGCGCGGAGCACACGUUGGUUGUAUAUGAGGCGCCUAACAUUUCUGUUCGUGAUCACUAUUGUAAUCGAUUGAUCUCUUACGUCGCUGUACGUUACGUAUAUAUAAUUUCAUCUUUUGAUUGUACAAAAAGAAAACAAAAAAAAAAACAGAUUAGGAGUGUCGGAGGUGACCAAGCCAUAUGUUGUACUAAGUAUCAGGAAAUACAUAGUGAGAAAGCGACGUGAUGAACAAGCACGAUUAUAUGUGUGUGUGUGUAUAUAUAUAUAUAUAUAUAUAUAUAUA